CUUCUCGAACCUCUCUGUCGACUCCGCCUCUUCUCAGUCGCUCGAGAGAGAGAUGGGUAGCGCUGCUGCGUCCCCGAUCGCCUCUCUCUUCAUCUUCUCCGCCCUUCUUCUUCUCAUUCCUUCGGCCCAUUCGUUCUACCUACCUGGCGUCGCUCCUCAAGAUUUCCAGAAGGGUGAUCCCCUUCAAGUGAAAGUCAACAAGCUUUCAUCCACAAAGACUCAACUUCCGUAUCAUUACUAUUUCCUAAACUAUUGUAAGCCAAAAAAGAUCUUGAACAGUGCCGAGAAUUUAGGAGAGGUUCUUCGAGGUGACCGCAUUGAGAACUCCGUAUAUACAUUUGAAAUGAGAAAAGAACAAUUCUGCAAAGUGGCCUGUAAAAAAAAGCUUGAUCCUGAAUCUGCAAAGAAUUUUAAGGAGAAAAUUGAUGAUGAAUAUCGAGUGAACAUGAUUUUGGAUAACCUUCCUGUUGCAGUUCCUCGGCAGAGGAGAGAUGGAGGUCAAUCUCCCUCUUACGAACAUGGUUUCCGUGUGGGGUUCAAAGGAAGUUAUACUGGGAGCAAAGAUGAGAAAUACUUCAUAAAUAACCACUUGAGCUUCAGAGUCAUGUACCAUAAAGAUCCUGAGACUGAUUCUGCUCGUAUUGUUGGUUUCGAAGUUACCACGAGCAGCAUAAAUCAUGAAUAUAAGCAGCCUUGGGAUGAGAAGAACCCUCAAUUGGUAACAUGCUCCAAAAACAUAAUUCAAGGCAGCAAUGUACGCCAGGAAGUCGAUACAGAUAAAGAGGUCAUAUUCACUUAUGAUGUUUCCUUCAAGGCCAGUGAAAUCAAAUGGGCUUCUCGUUGGGACACAUACCUCCUCAUGAAUGAUGAUCAGAUCCACUGGUUUUCCAUCAUCAACUCCUUGAUGAUCGUCCUAUUCCUUUCUGGCAUGGUGGCCAUGAUCAUGAUGAGGACUCUAUACAAAGAUAUUGCCAACUACAAUCAGUUGGAGACUCAGGAUGAAGCCCAGGAGGAAACAGGGUGGAAGCUUGUCCAUGGGGAUGUUUUCAGGCCGCCCAUCAAUUCCAGUCUGCUCUGUGUUUAUGUCGGGACAGGUGUCCAGUUCUUCGGAAUGACACUCGUCACCAUGAUUUUUGCAUUGUUAGGUUUCCUGUCGCCUUCGAACCGUGGGGGCUUGAUGACGGCCAUGGUUCUCUUGUGGGUCUUCAUGGGCUUAUUUGCAGGAUACUCGUCGGCUCGCCUGUACAAGAUGUUCAAGGGCACGGAGUGGAAGAAGAACACUCUGAAGACUGCAUUCAUGUUCCCUGCCAUCCUCUUCUCAAUUUUCUUUGUGCUGAAUGCACUGAUCUGGGGUGAGAAAUCCUCAGGCGCAGUCCCCUUUGGGACCAUGUUUGCGCUUGUCUUCCUAUGGUUUGGCAUAUCGGUGCCAUUGGUUUUUGUUGGCAGCUACUUGGGUUUCAAGAAACCACCCAUUGAGGACCCUGUGAAGACGAACAAGAUCCCGAGGCAGAUCCCCGAGCAAGCUUGGUACAUGCAGCCGGUCUUCUCCAUACUCAUUGGGGGCAUACUCCCAUUCGGUGCUGUCUUCAUCGAGCUCUUCUUCAUCCUAACCUCCAUAUGGCUAAACCAGUUCUAUUACAUCUUUGGCUUCCUUUUCAUCGUCUUUGUUAUCCUUCUGAUCACAUGUGCCGAGAUUACUAUUGUGCUCUGCUACUUCCAGCUGUGCAGCGAGGACUACCACUGGUGGUGGAGGGCGUACUUGACAGCAGGGUCAUCGGCCCUCUACCUCUUCCUCUACUCGAUCUUCUACUUCUUCACCAAGCUGGAGAUCACAAAGGUGGUGUCGGGCAUCCUUUACUUUGGGUACAUGUUGAUUGUGUCCUACGCGUUCUUCGUGCUGACGGGGACAAUUGGCUUCUAUGCGUGCUUCUGGUUUGUCCGAAAGAUCUACUCCUCGGUGAAGAUUGACUGAUGGUGUGAAUGAUGCGGGUAUCAAUAAGAUACGAGGAUGGAAAAUGAAAGUUUGAGGGAGAGAUGGUAAAGAGGAGAAUAGAGCAGGCAGCACCUUUCCGUCUCUCAGCUUUUGCAGGAUGAUCUUGUAUUUUUACCACUAGCAAGAUUGGAAAGGUUGGCAAGUACCGUGGCCUUAUCUCUCCCUCUCUUGAGACAAUGGUGUCAUUUUGUAGAAGUACUGUAGGACCUGAUGAUGGUUUGUAUUUUUGUUUUUCCUGUUUUACUAGUUCGUUUGGAUUUAUACAUGGGUUUGUCAUCAGAUCUAUUUUUCAUAGAAUUUCGCAUGCGACUGUGCACUCUAAUUGUUCC